AUGCACAGGCAGUGGAAGAAGCGACAGGUAUCCUGGGAAGAGGACAGGAACGUUGCCCAGUUGUAUAGGGAUGGGGUCAGGAAGGCCAAGGCGCAGCUGGAGAUGAACUUGAAAAGGGAUGCAAAGAAUGCUAAGAAGGGCUUCUACAGGUAUGUCAACCAGAAAAGGACGGUCAGUGAAAGUGUACCCCCCCGAGAUGAACGCGACUGGCAAACUGAGGAAGAGAGACAACUUCAAGCAAACAACCGGGAUUUUAAUCUGCAGUUUGAAUAUGCUAACAAUUCAAUUAAAACAUCGAAAUACAACUUCUUCACUUUCCUGCCUCUCAACCUGUUUGAACAGUUCCAGCGAAUAGCCAAUGCUUACUUUCUUUUCUUGCUGAUUUUGCAGUUGAUUCCUCAGAUUUCCUCGCUGGCCUGGUUUACAACGGUGGUGCCCCUAGUGCUGGUGUUGGCUGUAUCGGGAGUCAAGGAUGCCAUUGAUGAUUUUAAUCGACACAAAAGCGACAAACACGUCAACAACCGCCCAGUCCAGGUCCUGAUCAAUGGCAUGUUAAAGGAUGAAAAAUGGAUGAAUGUCCAAGUGGGGGAUAUAAUAAAACUAGAAAACAACAACUUUGUGACGGCCGAUCUACUGCUACUGUCGAGCAGCGAGCCGCACAGCCUGACGUACAUCGAGACAGCUGAACUGGACGGUGAAACAAACCUGAAGGUGAAGCAGGCACUGACAGUCACUGCAGAGCUUGGGGAAGAUCUUCAGAAACUGACAGAGUUCAAUGGUGAAGUUAAAUGUGAGGCACCAAAUAACAAACUGGAUAAGUUCACGGGAACUCUUACUCUUCGAGGAGAGAAGUAUGCCCUGGACAAUGAGAAGAUGUUGCUGAGGGGCUGUACGAUUAGGAACACAGAGUGGUGCUUUGGCCUUGUUAUUUAUGCUGGGCCAGACACCAAAUUAAUGCAGAACAGUGGAAAAACAACUUUUAAACGGACGAGCAUUGAUCGGCUCAUGAAUGUCCUUGUGUUGGUGAUCUUUGCAUUUUUAGCACUGAUGUGUCUUAUCCUAGCCAUUGGCAAUGGCAUCUGGGAGCAUGAUAAAGGCUACUACUUCCAGGUCUAUCUGCCCUGGGCAGAGGGUGUCAACUCUGCCUCCUACUCCGGUUUCCUCAUGUUCUGGUCAUACGUGAUCAUUCUAAAUACGGUGGUGCCAAUUUCGCUCUACGUCAGUGUAGAGAUUAUACGCUUGGGUAACAGUUUCUACAUUGACUGGGACCGUAAAAUGUAUUAUCCGUUUAAUGACACGCCAGCUCAGGCCCGUACCACUACACUCAAUGAAGAGCUGGGGCAGAUCAAGUAUAUCUUCUCAGACAAAACAGGAACUCUCACUCAGAACAUCAUGUGUUUCAACAAGUGCUCCAUCAAUGGCAAAUCCUACGGUGAUGUAUAUGAUAUGUCUGGGCAAAGGAUAGAAAUAAACGAGAACACAGAGAAGGUUGAUUUCUCAUACAACCCGUUAGCUGACCCGAAGUUUGCCUUCUAUGACCAUAGCCUGGUGGAAUCUGUGAAGCUGGGUGAUGUCCCGACACACAGGUUCUUUCGGCUCCUCUCACUUUGUCACACAGUGAUGCCAGAAGAGAAGAAGGAAGGUAACUUGAUGUAUCAGGCACAAUCUCCCGACGAGGGAGCCCUUGUCACUGCUGCCAGAAACUUUGGAUUUGUGUUCCGGGCUCGCACACCAGAGACUAUCACUGUCGUGGAAAUGGGAGAAACAAAAAUUUACAAACUCCUGGCUAUUCUUGAUUUCAACAAUGUUCGCAAGCGAAUGUCUGUUAUUGUGCGGAGUCCGGAAGGUGACUUGACUUUGUACUGCAAGGGGGCUGACACCAUUCUUUAUGAACUGCUUCAUUCAUCCUGCGACUCUCUCAAAGAGGAGACCACAGAACACCUGAAUGAGUUUGCUGGUGAAGCUCUGAGGACACUCGUGGUGGCCUAUAAAAACCUGGAUGAAGACUACUUUCAGGACUGGAUCAGGCGUCACCAUGAAGCAAGCACUGCCUUGGAAGGACGGGAAGAUAAAUUGUCGGAGUUAUAUGAGGAGAUUGAAAAAGACCUAAUGCUGCUAGGUGCCACAGCGAUUGAGGACAAGUUACAAGAUGGAGUCCCACAGACAAUUGAGACUCUUGCCAAAGCCAACAUUAAGAUAUGGGUUCUUACUGGAGACAAACAAGAGACGGCAAUGAAUAUUGGUUACUCCUGCAACUUGCUGAAUGAUGACAUGGAUGACGUUUUCGUUAUUGAAGGCCACACAUCUGAUGACGUACUUAAUGAGCUGAGGAAUGCAAGGAAAAAGAUGAAGCCAGACUCCUUUCUGGACAGUGAUGAAAUCAACAUUCAGUUUGAAAAAUCAUCAAAAAAACCCCAAAUUAUACCUGAUGAGCAAGCAAAUGGAGUGUAUGGUCUGGUUAUCACUGGCCACAGCCUGGCUUACGCGCUGGAAGGGAAUUUGGAGCUGGAGCUGGUGAGAACGGCCUGCAUGUGCAAAGUGGUGAUCUGCUGCCGGGUGACUCCACUGCAGAAGGCGCAGGUGGUGGAGCUGGUGAAGAAGUACAAGAAGGCUGUGACCCUGGCAAUCGGAGAUGGUGCUAACGAUGUCAGCAUGAUCAAAACUGCUCACAUCGGCGUUGGUAUCAGUGGUCAGGAGGGGAUGCAGGCGGUCUUGUCCAGUGACUUCUCGUUUGCCCAGUUCCGUUACCUGCAGCGCCUGCUCUUGGUCCAUGGCCGGUGGUCCUACAUCCGCAUGUGCAAGUUCCUCAAAUACUUCUUCUAUAAGAAUUUUGCCUUCACGUUGGUGCAUUUCUGGUACGGCUUCUUCUCUGGCUUCUCAGCACAGACUGUCUAUGAUGAGUGGUUCAUUACGCUUUACAAUUUGGUAUAUACUUCCCUCCCGGUGCUAGGAAUGAGCCUCUUCGAUCAGGAUGUGGAUGAUCGCUGGAGUAUGCUCUUUCCUCAGCUAUAUGUACCCGGCCAGCAAAACCUCUAUUUCAACAAAAUGGUGUUUGUCAAGUGCAUGUUGCAAGGGAUCUACAGCUCCCUCAUUCUCUUCUUCAUCCCCUAUGGGGCCAUGUACAAUACAAUGAGAAGUGAUGGGAAGGCCAUUGCUGACUACCAGUCCUUUGCACUGAUGGUCCAGACCUGCUUAUUGAUCGUGGUGUCUGUACAGAUUGGCUUGGACACCUCUUACUGGACAGUUGUGAACCAGUUCUUCAUCUGGGGCAGCCUCUCUGUUUACUUUGCUAUCACUUUCACCAUGUAUAGUGAUGGCAUGUACCUGAUCUUCACAGCCUCCUUUCCAUUCGUUGGUACGGCUCGAAACACCCUCAGCCAACCAAAUGUGUGGCUAGCAAUCUUCCUCAGUAUCACCCUCUGUGUGCUGCCAGUAGUUGGCUUUCGAUUCUUGAAGGCUCAGUUAAAGCCAACUCCCAGCGAUAAAGUCUUGCUCAAGAUCAAAGAGGCCAAAAAGAGGCCACCUCCACCCUCACCCAAGAGACGCCUGCGUCGGACCAGCACGCGCCGCUCCGGCUAUGCCUUCUCCCAUCAGCAUGGCUUUGGAGCACUCAUUAUGUCUGGGAGGAACAUGCGGCCAAAAUCCCCUUUCGCCACAACGGGAACAUUUUCACCAAAUAGUGACAAAUAUAAACACAAAGGACUGUAA